AUUAUUUUUAAAUGAUACCUUAUUUCUUAAAUAUACACAAUCAUAACAAUGUAACCACUUUCGUUAAACAGUUUACUACUAGUUUUCAAAUUCCUUAAACAUUUAGCACAAAAUGUAUAGAAUAUGCAUCUUUCCUUGUUCGUGUAGUUUAAAAUUCAAUUAUAAUUGAGUAAUGUAUUUUCUAUUCUUUUUUCUUAAUACCUUUACCUUUUGGUUUUUUUGUUUUGUUUUACUUUUUGCGUCUUCGUACAUUGUGUACCUUUCCGUAUAAAACAUAUUAUUUCUAUACCAUUUACAAGAUAACUUGAAUAUAAUCAAAUAACAUGGAGAGGGCGUUUGUAGAUAUAUAGUCUAUUGUCCCAUCCUUUUCUGUAUUAAAUGAAUAUGUUUAUAAAGUAUGCUUUUAUUGAGAAAUACAAUACAUUGGAAUAUUUAGAUAAGGUGUCUUCGGGAUGGUUGCUGAUUUACCGAAGUCAGGAGGGUGGAAAUGUCUCCGAUUAUUUAAUGUUCACUUCCAAUGGUACAAGCGAUGAAACUGAUGAUAAUAUCGUCGAUGAACAUUGUAUCGCUACCACCAAGUCCGAUCUGUGCACCUCCAAGUACAGAACAUCGCUGAUUGACCAAUGGGAAUCGCUGGACAUUACACAAGUACAACUUCAUCUAUACAAGAGUGGUACAAAAGUGGCAGAGGUUGUUUUCAACGGGACAGGGAGUACGAACACAAACUGGUUCUCCGGAAACAGAGUCGUGUCGAGCACGUGGACAGAUGUGACACCAACGCAGACGUACAACUACUUUUCAAUUGAAGGACAUAUGCCACAUAAGUAA